UGAGCGCCAAAAAAUUGAGAGCCUUCAACAAAUAAAGACCGAGACAUAAGCAAAGGUGGUUAUCCUUGUCGACAGAAGAAUUAAAAAAAUAAAUAAUGAUGCGACCUCGCUGCCUGGUGUCCUUUUUGGGCCUCUGCCUGGUAAUCAGCCUGGGAAUGCGUUGCGAUGCUAGAGCGGUGAACGUGAGCAACACCUGGACGAUGCCGCAGGAGGGUCUGAACGUCUUCUAUCGCUUCUUCCGCGAUCGCAUAUCCUGGUUCGAGGCCGAUGCCGUCUGUCAAUUUCAUCACGCCAAUCUGGUGACGGUCGACAACAGUUUUCAAUUCGAUGCAACGCGCGACCUGCUGAGGGAAUUGGAUGUGAACGACAUCGUUUGGAUUGGUCUCAUGCGACCGCAGAACUCGGAUCGUUUUAUGUGGUCGAACUCGCGUCCCUUGGUGGCGGAUACUGGUUACUGGGCCGAAUCCCUACCCCUGAUGGAUGCUCCGCUCUGCGCCGUAAUCGAUCCCAUUCGAGAUUACCGCUGGCACGCCCUUCGCUGCGGUGGACCCGAAACGGCCUCCUUCCUCUGCGAAAUGCCAGUUCCCAGCUGGGCGGAUGCUUGCAUACUGAAGGACAUGCCCAAUUUGACCAUGCAGUACAUGGCGGAUACGGCCAGCAUCGAGCUGAUCCGCAAUUGCCAGGAGGAGGGACUGCUGCGACACACCUGCAAGGGCAAGGAGGAUCGUGAGCGUGCCAUUCGACAGCUUAUCUGUCCCAAGGAGCGUCUGGAGGCGCAGCGCAUCAACGACAUCACAAACUCGCACUUCAAGUCGCUGCAGAUCAUCAACAACAUCCACACUGAUAACAAGGAGAACAACGACAUCGAUCUGCUGCCCAACUAUGGCCGCCGAUCUGGAAUGGCCAUCAACAUCGAGGUGGCGCCACCAGUGCCACCCGUUUCGGUUCCCGGAUUCGGAGAGCUGAUGCAGGCGGAUGCUCCGGGCGCCGUAUCGCUGUCCGGACUGUAUCGCAUACCGGAUCUGGUGCCCAAGCCGGUGAAGAAGGCAGCCAAGAAAGUGAUCACGCCGGACUUUGCCAAGAAGCUGCAGGGUAACCAUCAGCAGCAACACAACCAACAGCAGCAGCAGCAGCAACAAAAGUCGCGCAAGUCGCUGGUGCACCAGCACGAGGAGGAGCUGAUGAUGGGCGACCAGCCGGCACUGAGUGAGGAGCAACUGCCUCCGGGCAUGGGAAUGGGACUAGGUAUUCGAAUGCCCCUCAACGAGGAUGACAGCAAUAGCGAUGCCUCCAACGAGAUAUUCGAGCACUUGCCGCACAAGAAAAAGAUCCUGCCGCAGGAUCUGCUCACCAUGGCGCCAAUUCCUGAAGCCAAAUCGCAAGCGAUGACAACAACAACUACACUAAAGACAACCACUUUGGCGGCACCGGCAACAGCAACAACCACUACACCAACAACAACGACAACGGCGACGGCAGCACCUGAAGUGGUGACCACACCGAAAGCAGUGGACACCACAAGUUCACAGGCGCCGGCAACAACCACGCGGCCAACAACAACGGUUAGAACCACCACGAUUACCACCACCACUACAACAGCGACAACUACGCCCAAAACGGAAGAGACAACAACAACAACGACCAAGAAACCAGAGCCAACAACCAUGGUGGCACCACGAACAACAAAAACAUCAGCAACCGAAGCGGCGGCAGCAGCAACUAGCACAACAACAGCAGCAACUUCCGCUGCCACACCAACAACAACAACGAGCACAGGAGCAGCAGCAGCGACAGCGACAACAACUAGCCAUGCCACGCCCACGGACAAGAGCAACAGCAACAACAUGGCACAUCCCAUACAUCCCUCGCAGCAGCAACACCACCAACAACAGAUACUGCACGAAGGCGCCACGUUGCAGCAGCAACAUGCAACGCACGUCAACGAGUCCGCCGACAAUACGCGCUUUAUACCGCCAAUGCUGCUGGUGAAGUCGCACUACGUGCCGCCGGCCAAACAUGCCAGCGAGCAUGCGACCACAACAACAACAACACGAGCGACAACAACGUCCAGUACGACAACAGCAGCAGCAGCAACAGCAACUACACCUGCAGCAGCAGCAACAUCGACCAAAGAGGAAGUGCAGCCAUCAACAGUCACGUCAUCGAAGGAACUGACAGCAGCAACAGCAGCAGCAACAGCAGCAGCAACAUCAGCUGCAGCAGUCGCUGACACUGUGGCAACAUCAACCGUGACAGCGACAACAGGUGCAGCUGUGGAGGUGACAACAAGCGUGAAAGUAGCUGAAGACACCGCAGCAACAUCAGCAGCAACGGUAAUUGCCAGUGAAGCGCCACCAGCAGCCGCAGCAGCAGCAGCAACAACAAAAACAACAACAACUACUGCUACCAGAGCAGCCUCAGCUAAUGAAAUCAAAUCGAAUGCCACAGCAGCUGCAGCAACAACAACAACAGCCAUUCCGAAGCCAGUCAGGGAGUUCAGAUAUCCGCGAGUGAAUCAGGGAUCCUUCAAGGUGGACAACAACGGCAUGGGCAGCCCCGAGGAGGAGGAGGAGGACGAGGAGGGCCAUUUGGAGACCGAGGCGGCCACAACGCGACACAACUUCCUGGAGGAGACCGAGGCGCCAUUCAAGCCAAAUCGACGACGCUCGCUAACCAAACCGGAAACGGUUAGCUAUUUCAAGAAGAUCUUGGGCUAAAGACGCCCGGAGCCGCGUUGCUGCAGCCGUAAUCCGCACUAGUAACCGUAAACGUAAACGUAAUCGUGACAGUAAACAACUGUUAAACCAUAAAUAAGAAAAAUGAUGAUGAAGUAAGACGUAAGAAGUACACUCCCUGCACAGCCACGUAAUUGGUCUUCAAAAUCAGAGCAAAUUGAAACAGUUGUUAGCAUUGCCCCGCUGGCCAUUUCCUUCCUUUUAAAAGUCUCCCCAGGAACCCCAGGAACCCAGACCUCACAACAUCCCGCAUCCACAUUCCGGCCAAAAGUUUGCGGAGCUACCGCUUCCCAAAGACUUGUGUCUCCGGCAGAAAUGCCGGAAACCCAAGCGGAAACCCAAAAGAAAACUCAACUCAAGUCGACUCGACUCCAGUUGCAAGUACCGAAAUAUGUCAAUUUUUCACCGGAAAAAAGCAAAAAAGCAAGUAAAUGCAAACAAACAAACACGCACACUCAAAAGCAGAUACAGAUACAGAUACAAAUACAGAUAACAGAUACACUUACAGCCGGGGAAAGUGCAAAGUCUGUCAGGUGGGGAUGAAAAAAAAAAAAAUAGAUGGAAAGCAAAACGCUGGAGGACAUUCGAAUGGAAAAGCGGGGAGUGUGUGCGAAGCAAAGGCCAAAUCUAAAGUACGAUAAAUACUACGAGAAAAGUGUUUACAAAUGUAUACAUAGGGCGUCUGUUUUGGAUUUCCGUUUGCUUUGCCUAUGAGCGACAUGUGGUGGUCACACUGGUCCGAAUGGAAAAGUGUGAAUAGAGUAGAAAAAACUGCACAACACUCGAUAUCAAUUUUUUCGAUCUCACUUGUUUCGAUUUCCGAUUGCAUUGGCUCGUUUUUAACUAUUUAAAACUUGAUAGUUGAUUUGGUUGAUUAUAUUUAAGUCAUCCAAUCGCUUCAUUCACUUUAUCGACAUAUUUUACAUUACAUUUUAAGUGCUUCCAUUAAAAUAUUACUUAUUUUCUUGUAAAUCAACAGAAGGUUUCACUUGCCGCUUAAAAUUGUGUUGCCAGUUGAUCCUCAUAUCAUUUUUCCAAAAUAGGCUUAUGAAAAUCCAAAACAGCAAUCGCCGUGCAAAUUACAUAUUUACCAAUUAAUUAUGAACAUAUGUAAUAGAUGUUGUUUUUUUUUUUUUUGGUGUAUGGAAAUAGUCAAAUACAAUUUGUGUAAGCGAAUUAAGGCGUUUGUCAUUUGGAAAUUAUGAGAAAAUUACUUCGAAUGAAUGCGGCGAAUUGGCAGAGCACAAAUAAAAUGAAAAAUGCGUUGCAAGAAACGAGCACACUUAAGAUUAAGCUAAAAUUAAACGAAUCGAAAGGCGAACCCAAAGUGGAAAAUAAAACCGAAAAAAAGGCGAAAUAAAACGGAAAUGGCCGAAAAAAGAAAGCACUUGAUGUAGAGAAUUAUUUGUAGGUACUUCUGAGAGCAACGGGCAAAUUAAUACGGUUCCGUUGGGUUGCUCUGAAAAAAAGAAGAAAAAAAACACAAAAACAUGCAGUAAAAUAGUAUAAAUGUAAACCAAAAUAAAGAAUUAUGAAUAAAAAGAAACCCUCUUUCAAGACAUUUAAA